AGUCCAAAACCCAAAUCCAAAGGAGCACGUCGCCCUCCUCUCUCUCUCGCCGUUGUCUUCACUCCAGUUGAAGUCGUCUCCGCCGUCCUCGUGGUCGGCGCCCGUGCCAUCCGAAGCCAGGACUAACUCUAGCCCUAGCGCACACGCGGGAGGAAACAGGAAAGGGGAGCGGAGAUGUCGUCGUGGCUGCGCAGCGCGGUGAGCCGGGCGGUGGAGGCCGGCGGCCGCAGCGGCGUCGCCCGCGCCGUCAAGGGAUACGCGGACGCCGUCGCGCACCACGCGGGGCAGGCCGUCUCCGACAUCCUCCUCGACCGGGGGGGCACACAGAGCUUCAAAAGUUUCAAGAAAACAGUAAUGCGAUUAGAAGAGGCAGCAGUUUCAUGCCGUGGGGGUGAAAGAAUUGAAUUAUUAAGACGUUGGCUGGGAGCAUUACAAGACGUUGAGGCUGCUCUCUCUAGUUCAGAUACAAAGGAUCCUGAUGUUCAUGAUUCUGCUGGUGAAUUGGAUCUAAAACCGCCAUUGACCUUGUUUGUUGAUCCUGAUAUUGAAGGAGCACCUAUGAACUUCCGUGAUGUGUUCCUGUACAGCCAGGCACUUGAAGAUAUUACACAAUCCAUGAUUCUUGAUGCUCCAUCUGAGGAAGAAGUUUCACUUCUUCUGGAAAUUUAUGGCCUGUGUCUCGCUGGUGGGAAAGAAGUCAAUAAGGCAAUCAUGAACAAUGUACAAGACUUGGCCAAGGCUUUCUCAAAUUACAAAGACGAAGUCCUGGUGAAGCGUGAAGAGCUACUUGAAUACACACGGAAUGUCAUUUCAGGACUUAAGAGAAAUGCUGAUAUUAUGAGGAUAGAUGCUGAAACCCUUGAAUUGUGGAGAAAAUUAGAUGGGAAGGAGAAAUCACGGUCCCAAUCAACUGAAGGUCAAGAUAAAGCAUCAGAGAAGAUUGCUGUUGCCAAUAUCGAGGCCUUAAAAGAAGCACUUACUGAAGUCCGCUUUUGCUCUAGAGCGGAAGAACUUCUACUGAAGAAGAAGUCGAUUGCUCCUGGAGAUUCCAUGGAGAUUCAUUCUCAGAAGGUUGAUAAGUUAAAGGUCCUGUCAGAUUCCCUUUCUACCUCAUCCUCCAAAGCAGAGCAGCGUAUUAUGGACCACAGGCGUCAGAAAGAAGAUGCUCUGAACUUUCGUGUGAAAAAAGAGAAUGAGGUGAAUGCGGCUGAGAAGGGAUUGCUUGCUGAGAUUACUGAAUUGGAGAAGCAAAGAGAUGAUCUUGAGGCUCAGUUGAAAAAGGUCAAUAUAUCAAUUAAUGCUGCUGCUGUGCGGCUCAAGACAACCAGGGAAGAGAGAGACCAAUUUGAUGAAGCGAACAACCAGAUCAUAUUUAGUUUAAAAACGAAGGAGGAUGACCUCUCGAAAUCCAUUGCCACGUGUAAUGUGGAAGCAAAUGUGGUAAAGACCUGGAUCAAUUUCCUCGAGGAUACCUGGCAGCUACAGUCCUCAUAUAAUGAACAGAAGGAAAAGAAAACAAGUGAUGAAUUGGAGAGAUGUGUGAGAGAUUUUCUGAAGUUGACCAAGCAUCAUCUUUCAGCCUUCAAGGAAGUCCUAAGCCCGUCUAUUGAAAGUAUCCAAACAUAUGUGGAUAAUUUGGCGGCCUUGAACUCAAGGGAGGAGACAAGAGAGCAUGAAGAUGAUGAAGCAUCAGAGAAGACAAACCCACGUAAAUCCCUUGAGGAGGAAUAUUUGGAAACUGAAAAGAAGAUUAUCAUUGCUUUCAGCAUCGCAGACCACAUAAAGAAGUUGUUCUAUUCAGAGCAUGGGGCUAACUCUAGGAGAGAUGACCCAGAGGUCAAGAGCCUAAUUGACGAGAUCGAGAAACUGAGGGAAGCAUUUGAAUCUAUAGAAAGGCCAACACUAAGCAUCGAAGAUCACAAAUCAAAGCCACUGCCUGAGGAAAGAUCUGACUUGAGCCCUUCGCCUAUCCAAGCACCUGUUACCCCCAAAGCCGCGCACGUCGACUCCCCAAAAUCUCCCAUGAAGCCUGAGCAGCAGCAGCAGCUGGAUCCUGAUUCUGAAUUUGCAAACCUGCGAGCAGACUUUGGGAAGGACGGCAAAGAUUACUCAGCCGAGGAGAUCAGCGGGUGGGAGUUUGACGAGCUCGAAGAGGAGAGCUGAAUGCCGACACAUCACCCGAGCCCGGCAACCAAAAACUACCUAAGAUUCGGUUUCCGCACUGACAUGUGUCUCCAGUUCCGAAGCGCCAGGGAAAGGUGCACCGUUGGAUGUAUAUAGGUGUCGCUGUCCGUGGACAAUUGACCUGUAACCUUGGCAAGGCAGUUGCUAUUUGUUUGUUCUUGCCAUGACCAUGUUGCGUAUUACUCCCUCUGUAAACUAAUAUAAGAACGUUUAGAUAACUAAAGUAGUAAUCUAAACGCUCUUAUAUUAAUUUAUGGAGGGAGUACAUGUGUACUGAUCAGCACUGUUGUAAAACCUGCAAGUCUGGACUUCUGUUUAAAUAUAUACACAUACAUUGGGAUUCA